AUGGUGCAGCUCAAGGAGAUCGCGCAGCUGGUGGUCAAGGAGAACAACACACAGGGCAAGUGCAUGCUGAGGGACUUGAGCGUCCCCAGUGUGUUCCAGUACCUGGGGGUGGCGCAGUACGCGCUGGGGGAUCUGGAGGACGCGACGAAGACCUUUGAGCUGGCCGUGCAAGUGAAUACCGACGAUGUGCAGAGUUGGGUGCACUUGGGGAACUGCUAUCUGUACCAGAAGCGACUACCUGAGGCGGUGGAAGCUCUGGAGGUGGCUGUGGAGCAGAAGGGGUCCGUGGAGAACACGUACGCGCUCGUGAAGGCGCGGAACUGGAUGGCGAGCUGGAAGGGCCGAGACGACUCGGUGGCUCAACUGCGUCAACGAGCGUACGAGGAGUUUGACGCGGAGACGGAGCGACUUUGCUGUGACGAAGAGACGGACUUGAGACUGAGGGCCCCGGAGCUUCGGGUUGGAUUCGUGUCUUCGGAUUUUGGUGUGCACCCGGUCUCUUCGCUAUUGCGAGGAUUGCUAGCGUUGCUUUCAAGUCCGAAGCACCAGACAAAGGUGUACUGCUUCUCGCUGUCGGAUGCGGCGUCUUGGUGGAGUCGCAACAUUUCGCGGACGGUGGACUACAUGAUCUCUCUGAAGGGGAAGAACUCGCUGGAUGCAGCGAAACUCAUCCAGUCUCACGAAAUUCACGUGCUCGUGGAUCUCAACGGCCACACACUGCACUCUGGCAUCAGCAUCUUCACUCACCGCCCAGCCCCCGUUCAAGUGGCGUAUCUCGGCUACCCGAUGACGACUGGUAACCCGUCAAUUGACUUUGUUGUGAGCGAUUGUGUGGCAACUCCUGCCGAAACGAGCGCAGGAAGCUUCUCAGAGAAGCUGCUGCUUCUGCCGAUGCACUACAUCGUCAACGACCACCUCCAAAUGCUUGGCCAUACACUGGAAGGAGAAAGACCGACGCUUUUUGCGCUUACUGGACGAAGGGAAAACGCGUUUGUCUUCGCUACGUUCAGCAACUGGCAGAAAAUGGACCCAUCGGUGUUCAGCGCCUGGAUGGAAAUUCUCUCUCGCGUGCCGUCUAGCGUAAUGUGGUUUAUCGAGUACUUUGGACGUGAAGGGGCUAUCGCGAACCUUCGAGCUGAAGCGAAAGCCCACGGCAUCAAUGGUGACCGGCUGAUCUUCUCCCCGAUGGACCCGUGGAUCGACCACACGUACAGGAAACGCGCUGCAGACCUCAUUCUAGACACAUCGUUGAAAAAUGGCCACACCACCAUCCUCGACGCACUCUGUGCCGGUGUACCCGUCAUUUCGCUGGAGGGGGAUCGCAUGAGCAACCGCGCGACGAGCUCCGCACUGAAUUCGCUGGAUUUGCACGACUUGACCGUGAACUCACUCAAGGAAUACGUCGAGGUGGCGGUGUAUCUAGCAACACACAAGUACGUGCUUCACAAACUCCGUCAAAAAGUCGAAGACCAUCGCCUACACUACCCUCUAUUCGACACGGCAAAGUACGCAACUAAGUUUGAGGAAUCGAUCAAGGUCGCGUGGCAGGUGAGGAAGUCGAAAAUUCAGGCCGGCGGACCGACUCGAGACAUGCACAUCUUCCCGUCGUUGCAGUCGUCCGUCGUAACCCCGCGAUAUUUUCCCAUGCUAUCAGCCAAAGACGACACCAACACUGAAGACGAGUACGUGGUUCGAGUUCAAAGCGCGUUGGUGGCUCAAGACCCGAUCCGACUGCACAUCGGCGGCCACGUCAAGAGCCCCGACUGGUGGAUCGUGGACGCGAACGACGGCGACAUCGUGGACUUCGUCAUGCGCAUGGAAAAUCUCUACGCGUUCCCGGACAGCUCAGUGGACGUAAUCUACGGCUCGCACGUGCUCGAGCACUGCACGCACGGCGUCGGCCGCGAGCUGCAGAAUACGCUGCGUGAGUGGCACCGCGUGCUGCGUCCCGGCGGGCAGUUGCUCGUGUCUGUGCCCAACCUCUUCGUGCUCGCCGCGCUCUUCAUCGACGAGAGCAUCCCGCACGACGACCGCCUGUGGUUCAUGACCAUCAUCUUCGGGGGCCAGACCGACGCCUACGACGUGCACAAGGUCGGGUUCGACGAGGCUAUACUACUGGCCUACCUCCGACAAGCGGGCUUCUGCGACUUCACAAGGCACGACGACUUCGGGCUCUUCAGUGACUCGAGCGUGCUCGUCGUGUACGGCAAACCCAUCAGCAUCAACGUGCAAGCCCACGCCUGCAAGUAA